GUUUUUCCCGGGAUCACCGGGACGAGCUCCUGGAGGGGCUCCAAGAGCUGAAGGAGGGGCUGGAAAAUCCCGAUUUUUCCGUCCUUUUCCACACCUGCACCCGCCUGGCCUCGGUCCUGGCCCGACGCCUCCCCCCGGAGCAGCUCCCGGAGCUUCUGCGCUCGCUUUUCCAGGCUUGGGAAGAUCCCGACGGGAAUUGUUCCCGCGCCGCCUCCGUCCUCUGCAACGCCCUGCUCCGGGAGAGGGGAGCUCUCCUCAGGGAACAGGUUCCGGAUCUGCUGGCCUGGAUCCGUUCCAAGCUGCAAUUCCCGGAGGAGGAGCAGCUCCGGAGGGCGGCUCAGCAAUCCCUGCUCAUCCUGGCGCUCCAACAUUCCCGGGAAAUCGUCUCCGCGCUCCUGGGAAGCUCCCUGCCCUUCGACAGCUCCACCUGCUCCAUGUGGAGGGCGCUGGGGACGGAGCCGGCGCUGAAUUCCCAAAUCCUGGAGCUGCUCCUGGAAAAGUUGGAUGCGGAAAUUCCCUACAAGGAGAAGAAAUUCCCGCUGGGAAGCGGCGCCGAGCGCGUGGCCACGGCCCCGGGGCUGGCCGUGACGCGAGGCCUGGACGAGCUCCUGGCGGUUCCGGAAUGUUCCGGAGCCGUCCUGGAAAAAUUCCCAAGACUUUUCCGGAGUCUCCUGGUGAGGCUCGGAUGCUCCGUGGGCGUCCGGAUCCCGAAAUUCCUGCAGGGGAAGGAAAAAGGCGGAAAAGAGGCCUGGGGCUACGCCGUGAGCACCCUUCAGGCCGCUCUGGUCCGGGCCGGCGGCUCCGAGGUCGUGCGGGAAGUUGGGAAUUCCGGAGGUUGGGAAUUGAUGGGAAUUCCCGAGCGGCACCACGAGGGAAUCGCUCUCCUGGCAGGGGCCAUGGCUCGGCUCAUGGGACCUCGUCUCCCUCCGAUCGUCCGGAGCCUCAUCCCGAUCCUGGGAAGCGUCUUCGAGUGCCAGAGGGUGACCAGCACCGCCUUCCUGGCCGAGCUGCUGUCCCACAGGGUGGUGACCGACCUGAUCCUUCUGGAGCCGAUCCUGGAAUCUCUGAGGCCUCUGGAAAAGGAUCCCUCGGUCCUCGUGCGGAUCCUGGCGCUCCGAGGCCUCGGGAACGCGGCUUCGGGAUCGCCGGAAAAGCUCCGUGCGCACGCUUCCCGGAUUUUGGGGUCCCUGGUGGCGGGGCUGGACGACCGCGACGAUCCCGACAAUCUCCUGGCUCUGGAAUCCAUGGAAGGAAUUCCCAAAAUCCUGGAGCACCUGGAGGAGCGCGACGAGCGCUCGGAGCUGCUCCGCGUCGCCGUCCGCAUCCGGCCCUUCUUCGACAGCGAGCGGCGGGAGCUGCGGCGCUGCUCCAUCCUCCUCUUCGGGAACCUCUCCCGCUCCUCCCAUUCCCAACUUUUCCGGGAUCAGAUCCUCAACAGCCUCGUCCCGCUCCUGCUGCACCUGCAGGACCCCCAGCCCGACGUCGUCAAG